AUGGCUGUCACCAUUCACCUCCGCUCAGUCUUCGGCGUUCUGCCCAGCAAGUUCAACGUCGCGCGGGCUUGUAUCUUUAUUCUUGUCAUUCUCUGGAGCCUUGUAUGCCUCGCCAUCGCCGCACACUUCGAAAGUGUACUUGCAUCUUCUGAUCUCACCCGCUUUGUUCCCUUCGCACUAUUCGUGUCUGUCGCGAGCAUCCUCGUGAUGUCCACGCUUUUCGUCUUUGGUAUCUGGCGCAACAUGAACCCCAUCGCUACGCGUAUCGAGCUCAGCUGCUUGGGGCUCAUCGGCACGUUCUGGCUCGCCCUCGGCGCGUUUCUCGUGUCUUCCGACUCCGAGACGGCCGAUGUAGAAUGCUUCGUGUCCGAGGACAAUGCGACGCCGCUUGACGACGAUUCGUUCUCUACCGAAACGUACCAGGCGCAGUACCAUGUGCUUGAGGCGUUCGCGCUCUUCAACGCCAUUCUGCUCUGGGGCUUCCUGAUCUUCCUCACCAUUCUCGCCGUUCGCCGCCAUCGCGCAGGCGACAAGUACGUCUGGCUCACGCCCGUACCGAACGUCGCCUGGUUCGGUGCCAGCGACAAGCCUCAGGGCAACGGGAAGGGUGGAAAGAACGGCAAGCUCCCCGCGCCAGUGACGGCGAAGAACGAGAAGUCAUCCUCGUCGCGCCCGCGCGCCCCGUCCCGCCCCGUCCCUGCUGCUCCAGCCCUUGCCCGCCCCGAGAUGUCUCGCCCGUCGUACAAUCGCGCACUGGACGAGCACUACGUCUGGAUUCCCGCGGAUAGCGAUAAGUUCACCUCGCUGCCCGCGCGCAAGAACGGCGGCACUGGUGCGAACAUCUCGCGUGACAACACACGCUCGACAACAGCGACCCGUUACGCAACUGCCCCGCCGACACGGAACAACACUCGCUCUACACAAGCAACACGUUUCAAUCCCGACGACGAGCGCGACGCGCGGCCCAGUCGGAGCAACACACGCUCCACACAAGCCACUCGCGUCGAACACUCGACGUCUGGUGGACCGUCGCGCAGUAAUACUCGCUCAACGCAAGGCACACGCGUUGAGAAGACGUACGAGAGCGAUCGUGAGCGCCCGAGCCGCAGCAACACGCGCUCGACACAGGCGACAUUCCGCACGGCCAGCAGCCGCGACGGGCCACGCAAGCCGGAUUACUACCGCAGAGACCUUUCGCCCCGGCGGUGA